CCCAAAUUUCUUAUCCACCACAAGUAAAGAAAAUAAAAAUAAUACCUUAGACAUGAAGAAGUUCUUGGUAUUCUUCUUGUUAGGCCUGGUUGUGGCUGUAUCCGGCGGAGAUUUCAACCAGCAGUUCGACAUUACAUGGGGCGGGGGGCGGGGGAAGAUUGUAGGAAAUGGACAGGCCAUGGCGCUGACAUUGGAUAGGACUUCAGGGUCGGGAUUUAGAUCCAAGAACCAAUACUUGUAUGGAAAAAUCGACAUGCAGCUUAAGCUUGUUCCUGGAAAUUCUGCCGGCACGGUUACAACAUAUUAUCUAUCUUCUUUGGGAGCUACUCAUGAUGAGAUCGACUAUGAAUUCCUCGGCAACAUAAGUGGACAACCUUACACUCUACAUACGAAUAUAUAUGCGCAAGGCAAAGGCAACAGAGAGCAACAGUUUCAUCUAUGGUUCGACCCAACUAAGGAUUAUCACACUUACUCUAUCUUAUGGAACCCUUUAAGCAUCAUAUUCUCCGUAGAUGGAAUUCCAAUCAGGCAAUACAAGAAUCUAGAAUCAAAAGGGAUACCUUACCCCAAAAAUCAGCCCAUGUGGAUCUAUGGCAGCCUGUGGGAUGCAGAGGACUGGGCGACGAGGGGGGGGCUCGUCAAAACUGAUUGGUCACAAGCUCCAUUCACAGCUUCGUUUGCAAACUUCAAUGCUCAGGCUUGCUCGGGUUCCUGCGCUAUCAAUCCAUCAGCAAAUUCAUGGUUCUCACAGUCACUUGGCACUGCUGGACUAGCAAAAUUAAAAUGGGUGCAGAGUAACUACAUGAUCUACAACUACUGCACUGAUUAUAAGCGCUUUCCGCAAGGGUUUCCUCCCGAAUGCUCCAUUGCAUAAGAUACAUACACAACAAGUAUACAUACAAAAAGAAUUUUCAGAUGCUUUCAAGUUUUCCCCAAUUUCUAUUUAAUUUUUUGCUGCUGUUUCCUGUUUCUCAUUCUGGUUGCCCUCUUGAACCAUGAAUAUGGACCUGUUCCGGGCAUGCAUUUGUAUACUUUUUACUCCUUGUAUUCUUUAAUAAUGUUUGGGAUAUGUAACUGUAUGUAAAGUUGUAUGCAGUGAAAUUUGAAUAAGAGAUAUUGCUAUGAAUUUGAGUGAA